AUGAGCACGGCGCACCUUUUCCGGCCGUUUGGUCGCUUUACUUGUCGUCGACGCAUCACUCUUUCUCUGCCAAGGACAGGGACAAGCCGGUCGUAUUCGAGCAUUACAGAGUCUGUAGAAGACUCUAUCUCCACGAACGCGGAGAGUGACCAAGAUGUCCUGAGGAAGAAACGAAGGACGGAGUGGAAACGGCGACAACAUGGGCAAACUUUCCUCGACCACAUAAUUGUCCAUGUACGCGGAGGCAAAGGCGGUGAUGGUUGUGUCGCGUUCCAUCGCGAAAAGUUCAAGCCCUAUGGACCGCCCUCUGGUGGGAACGGCGGACGCGGAGCGGACGUCUACAUCAUGGCAACACCACAUCUUACCACCCUAUCGUCGGUUUCACCUCGAAUCCGAGGGCAAGCAGGCGGUUCUGGGCAAGGGACUUGGCAAAACGGCAGGAAUGCACCACCAAUCAUCAUCAGAGUACCGGUCGGCACCAUUGUGCGUGAACUGGAGCGGGACGACCAGCGGCGAUCGAAAGACGAAUACGAAGCUGAGGAGGAGGCACUUGAAGGGCUCGAACCGGAGGAACGCAAGAAGCAGCUGCGCGAACGGAGAUGGGUCCAUUAUCCUACGUACGCGGACGAGAACUUCGAGCGCAGCUUCUUCAAGGAGGCGGAGCGUUCGUUAUACCGCGAGGAACGUGAGCGGAGGUAUUGGCGGCGACAGAAGGCAAAAACUCCGAUUCACCUUGACCUCGAUAAGUCUGACGAGCCCGACAACGACGUGGAUCUGAACGCGCCGCUGGGCCAUCGGAGACCAGACACCAUGGGCCACCUCAUUGCGGCCGGCGGGCAUGGCGGCGUGGGUAAUCCGCACUACCUAACAACUGAAAACCGCUCGCCGAAGUUCGCUACGCGCGGAUGGGACGGCGAGCGUAUCUCGCUGUCUCUCGAACUCAAGCUCCUGGCGGACAUCGGCCUUGUGGGCCUGCCGAACGCCGGGAAGAGCACCCUCCUGCGCGCUCUGACGGGCGGACGGGCCAAGACAGAGGUCGCGGGCUACGCAUUCACGACACUGAACCCAGUCGUCGCUGUCAUUCGCGUCGCUGACGACGGCAGCUUCGAGGGCUCGGACGGGGCGGUCUACGACGAGACCUGGGCGGAGGCCCAACACGAGAAGGAACUCAUGGAGAGCGGUGCGCUCGCCGACGCACUUACGCGGAACCAAGCGAAGGCGGCUGCUGUGGACCUCGCAUACAACCCGCUCGAGUCUUUCCGCUUUACCGUCGCAGACAACCCGGGGCUCAUUGAAGAGGCAUCCUCGAAUAUUGGCCUCGGACACUCUUUCCUACGGGCGAUUGAGCGUUCUCACGCGCUCGUGUACGUCAUCGACCUCUCUUCCCCCGCGCCGUGGGACGAACUACGCGUGCUCCGGGACGAGAUCGAGAAGUACAAGCCAGGCCUGAGUCCGAAGGCACGUAUGGUGCUCGCAAACAAGGCGGAUUUGCUCGGAGGUGCGAGCGAGGACGGCCAAGAGGAUCCACAGGCCGUACGGGAGGCGCGAGAGAAGCUCAGGAAGCUGGAAGAGUUCGUGGAGAGGGAGAUGAAGGCACAGCUGCAGGAUUCCUCGGGGAAUGUAAUUGGAGAGAGGAGCCUGGACGUCGUCCCGAUCUCGGCCAAGUACAGCAUGAAUCUGCGCAAAGUCAUAGGGCUCAUGCGUCAGUAUGUCGAGGAGGCGCGGGAAGGGGUCGAUCCGUUCCCGAAAUCGGUGGCUCUGCAUGAUGUAUCGAAGUAA